GAUGUCCAAACAAAAACAAUUUCUUUCACAAUAGACAACUUUUCGAUUAUUCUGUAAAAACCUGGAUGAAAUUGUACCACUUCUGACAUUAAUUUACGCCAAAACGCUCGAGCACACUAGGGAAUUCAACCAGGAUGAUCCAGCGUUAAAAUUCCCGACGGCUCCCGGCAAACUGGGUUUAUAAACAAGCAAAGUUGAUUGCAUUGAAGGGAUUUUUUUUUUCUCUAGCUCAUUGUGCCUUUAUUCUUAAAUCGAGUUAGUAAAAGACUAGUUUAAAUAGUAUGGUUCAUAAGAUGGCUUCAACACCGAGUUCGCCAACAACUCCAACAACACCUACAUCACCUAUUUCGCCUACGUCGCUAGGAUCGCCUAAGAAACUGAUGAAAGAAAAGAUAGCGGGCAUCUACGAUACGUUUUUAGAGGGAUCAAAUCCAGCGGAGGGUAAUCCAAACUUCUGGCAUGAGCUUUUUUUGAUGAAGGUGAAUGCAGUUUAUCUGGAGGACAGGAUUGCUCAAAUGACUCUAGAAGAAAUCAUGGCUGUCAAGGAAAACAUCAAUCAGUUGUUUGCACAAUGCUGUAUUGCCUUGCAUGGAGAUCACCAAAUAAAGCUUGUCAAUGCAUUACAGACAUUAUGUGCUUUGGUGCAAGCCAUCUAUGGUAAAAAGAUGUCUGACCAUGGGUAUGACGUCAUUAAUAUUCUAAUUGGAUUUGACUCCGCAGAGGCUCAAAUGCAGGGCUUGCUAGAGAGUAUUCACACCUUUCUUGUUGGAGACUACCCAGUGAGCUUGAAAAAUUUGUCCCUGAAGCUGGCUCUAAUUCUUGUGACAGCAACAGACAAUGUUAGUCAGAACACUGUUAUUGAGUACAUUAUGAUCAAUAGCAUUUUUGAAGCUAUCAUGCAGAUUUUAGCUGAUCCUAUUGCCAGACAACAACAUGGAUACGAGGCCAUGCUUCUUCUCACUAUUCUGGUUAAUUAUAGAAAACAUGAGGCAUCCAACCCAUAUAUUGUAAAGCUGUCAAUCUUGGAUGAUGAACUGGCCCUGAAUGGACUGGGUUGUGUCAUAUCUGCCGCUUUGACAAAUUAUAACAGGAAACACCAUGCAAAGCUUGAACAGUCCACUGGUGGUCUUAUCAGCUCCAUCACCAGCUUUGUUGGCAGCAUGUUUGUCGCUGAGCAGGAGACUGUUGAGUGUGUCAGUACAAAUGAUGCUGUACUUCUUGCACUAUAUGAAGCAGUACAUCUCAACAGGAAUUUCUUCACAGUUCUCAGCCAUGUCACGACUGUCCCAGGAUCCAGUCCCCUCUCGUCACCAACUGCAGCCCACCCUGCUGUAGAAAGGCCUGCGCAAGGUGUGGUCUCUGAGGAGCUGCCUUCAGAUCUGAGUCAACCCACAAACAUCUUGGUGACUUUCCUGACCUACUCCUCCAUAGCACUGCAAAAUACCAAAGAUGAGAAUGGCAUCAACAAUGCCAAGCUGUGCUUCAUUAUCUUGACAUGCAUUGUUGAGGAUCAGUAUGCAAACGCCUUUCUUCAUGAUGCCAACAUGAUGUUUUCAGUGCCGCUUCACAGAAUUCACAUGUACCAUCGAAAGCCAGUAAUGGAGAACAACCCCUCCAAACCCCUCGCGUGCGCUCUUCUCGAUCUAAUGGUAGAGUUCAUAAUUACACACAUGAUGAAGAACCUUCCCGCUGAACUGUACAGUAAAAGCCUUGGAGUUAUCCACCGGGCACUGUGUUACCAGAAGAGAUGCCGCGUCCGACUGGCGUACACGUGGAAGGACCUUUGGUCUGCUCUCAUGAACUUCCUCAAGUUCCUGCUCUCAAACGAGUCACAUCUCAUCAAAAUGUGCAACAUCUUCGGUCUCGCCUCACAGGUAGCGAAUAUCUUCAACUUGUUCAUCACUUAUGGUGACACGUUCCUGCCAUGCCCGACAUCGUACGAUGAGUUAUACUACGAGAUCAUUCGAGUGCACCAGAUAUUCGACAAUCUGUAUUCGAUGGCACUGAGGCACUCGACCAAUGGCGGCGAAUUCAAGGACGCAGCAACCCGAUUGGCUAACUCACUCGUCAAUGUCAGAGCAAUUAUUAAUCACUUCUCCCCAAAGAUCGACUCAUGGGCAGCAGUUAACCACCUCAGCGCGUUAUCCGAAGAACAGGUGCUGGAAGUUAUUCGCGGAAACUACGACACUCUGACACUAAAGCUACAAGAUAACCUGGACCACUACGAGAAAUACUCCGAGAAACCCAAAGAAUCUUCAUUUUUUACCCAGCUGGUUCGGGCAAUUGUGGCGAACGUACGGAGAAGUAUUGCAGUUACGAAUCUGGAACAGUUCAGUUUGCUGCAGGAGUUUGCUAAAAUUCACUGAUGAAAAUUGUCUCAAAGACGGCGACAAUUUAAUGUCGCAUUAUCACCCGUUUACUUCCGGAGGGCCGACGGAAACCUCAAUCGCCCUGUGCAAACUGCGCCAGCACCUGCCAGCAUUGCUGGCGAAUUUUCGCUUGACUGACUAUAGGACAAAGGAAAUGUCAAAAUAAGAAA